AUGGAGAUCCCUCUCCUGGGGAGAUCUUUUACCUGGACCAAUGCUCAGUCUCCUCCCAUCCUAGCUAAGCUGGACAGAGCUCUUGUUAACCUUCAGCACACGGUCGCCUUCCCCUCCACAAGCUUGCAUGCUCUACCCAAACCAACCUCUGAUCACACCCCCUUGCUCCUGUCCAUGUCCACAAAAAUUCCCAAAUCCCAAAUCUUCAGAUUUGAAAAUGGUUGGCUCCUGCGUCAGUCUUUCGUUCAGACUGUCCUCCCAGCUUGGCUCGAUGUUCGUUGUAUUGAGGAUGCUGCUGGGCAAUUGGCUGCGUGCCUCAAAUCGGUAAGGGCGGCGUCAAAGGUUUGGUACCGGCGUAACAGGGCGCCCAAGCACACUAUCCCCAACCUUAAAUUCCUAAUUCACUUAUUCGACUCAUUGGAGGAGGAGCGUCUCCUAUCUGACAAUGAGAUGCAGGCUAGGUCCAUGUGCCAUGAUAUGCUUCACCAAGCAAUCAAAGAAAAGGCAGCAUAUUGGAAACAACGCAGUAAAUUCAAGGCUAUCACAGAGGGUGAUGCAAACACUGCUUUUCACCAUGCUCAAGCGACUGUGAGAAUGCGCGCAAACGCGAUCAGAAUUGUCGAAGUUCAGGGAGUUCAGAUAGCAAAUCAUCAAGGGAAAAUACAAGCUCUGACGAACUUUUUCAGUUCUAUCAUUGGGCAGCCUGGAUCUUCAGUCUGGAACUUUGAUGUCGGUGCUCUGUUUCUUCACAGCGCUCGUCCAUCUGAUGAGCUGACCAGGCCCUUUUCGGAAUCUGAGGCCCUUGAGGCCGUCAAGGCGAUGAACAGAGAUAGUGCACCGGGCCCGGAUGGGUUCGGUCCAUCCUUCUACAAGGCAGUCUGGAGCUCUAUCAAAAAGGAGAUCAUGUGCUUCCUCAACGCUUUCCACAGAGGGCAGGUUCAAAUGGAAAGAAUCAACAGGUCCUUCAUGGUGCUAAUCCCUAAAAAGCCUGGUGCCGUUGCGGUUGAUGCCUUGAGACCUAUAUGCCUCCAAAACAGCUCCGUUAAGAUCCUGUGCAAGAUCCUCACUAGAAGAUUACAGCGAGAGAUUGGAGGCCUCAUUGAUCUCCAUCAGACGGGCUUCCUCAAAGGACGUUCUAUCUCUGAAACUUUCGUCUUCGCGGCUGAGGUUGUGCAAGCCUGUAACAGAAGGAAGCUGCCUUCGCUGGUGCUCAAGCUUGAUUUCGCGAAAGCGUUUGACACAGUCAACUGGGCCGGGCUGCAGUGUGUACUUCAAGCUCGUGGUUUCAACCAACUGUGGUGUCAGUGGAUGGACUGCAUUCUGUCAUCUUCCAAGUCCGCCGUCUUGGUUAAUGGGUGUCCAGGGAGCUGGAUUACGUGUAAACGCGGACUAAGGCAAGGAGACCCGCUAUCGCCAUACCUGUUUCUCCUCGUGGCAGAUACCCUGCAAGCUCUGAUCAAAUCAGCUACUGAAAUCAAGCACCCCAUUGAUGAUGAAGCGCCUGGAGUGGUUCUGCAAUAUGCCGAUGACACGCUUAUUGUAAUUCGAGGUGCUGCUCAAUCUGCUCAACACCUGAAGACGUUGCUGGACCUGUUCUCUGCUGCCACAGGGCUGCAUAUCAACUUCAACAAGAGUACUCUGGUGCCCAUCCAUAUGACAGAUUCUGAAAUUUCCCAAUGCACUGAAAUCCUUGGAUGCAGACAAGAGGAGUUCCCACAGAAUUAUCUCGGGUUACCCCUAUCAAUGUCAAAACUCCCAAACUCAAUUUUCAAUACCUACGUUGACAGGUCCGAUCGUUUUCUUUCCUCCUGGCAAGCAUCUCUUCUUAACAGCAUGGGGAGAGUGGUGCUGAUCAACUCUGUGUUAGACAGUCAGCUGGUGUACAUCAUGUCGGCAACUCAAAUCCCAAAUGAAAUUAUCAAGCAAGUUGAUAAGCGCAGGCGAUCUUUCCUCUGGGCAGGCGAUAAAGAAACCUCCUCGGCUAGGUGCCUUGUGGCCUGGCAAAAUGUUUGCACCACUAAGGACCUGGGAGGCCUGGGCAUCAAAGACUUUGGAGUUCAGAACGUAUGCCUUCUGCUUCACCUGAUUCACCGUCUUCACAACCCUACACAGUCUGCCUGGGCUCAGUGGAUUAGGGACAGGGCUGACCUUGCUAAUAUGAAAUGCUCAAGUAUGGGUAACCACUGGGACCUGCUCAGUUCAAUUCUACCACUUUACCAAGCUAUUACAACUGUCUGUGUUGGUGAUGGCCGGGCCACUUCCUUUUGGAAGGAUGUUUGGAUUGGGGAUGAUGCGUUAGCAGACAGGUUCCCAAGGCUUUUCACCCACUGCACCAACAAGGAGUUGUCCGUCCGUCAGAUGUUGGAUGAUGGUCUGAGUCACAGCUUCGUCAACAGAUUGUCUCCACAGGCUUCAGAUGAACUCUCACAGCUCUGUGCAAUCACUGAUGAUGUGGUGCUAUCUGACCAACCAGACACCAGAAACUCCCAAUUUAGCAAAGGUCCGGGGAAGCUGGACUCCACUGCCAUCUAUGCUAUGCUCAAGGCUCAGGGCCAACAAUCUGAUCCGGCUUCAACCUUCAUCUGGAAAAACGCUCCUCCUCCUCGUGUUCAGCUUUUCGCCUGGCUGCUAGUUCGGGGGAGAGUUCAUUGUCGCCUGAAUCUUUUCAGAAAACAUGUGGUGGACUCCCCGGGAUGCACCGUCUGCGGCGCUGCGCAGGAAUCUGCUGAUCACAUAAUCUUCUCUUGCCCUUUUGCUAGUGAGUUCUGGUCAGCCCUGGGAGUCGGAGACGCUCAUCUUCACCACACCGACGACCUGGUUUGUGGCCCUGACAUCCCAGGUCUUCCGUCGGAUCAACGAAACACCUUCGUCAUCUUGUGCUGCUGGCAAUUGUGGAAGCGAAGAAACGGCUUCAUCUUCAGGAAUGAGUCUCUCAACCUCCGUAAUACUCUCUUGCUGUGCAAAUCGGAUGCAUCGCAGUGGAAGGCCAGGAUGCCAAAGAAAAGCAAGAACGUGGUGCAGGUCUGGUGCCAGCUUCUUGAUCAGGCGAUCCAAAAAGUCAAUCCCCCCAACCCCUUCUUGUAA